UGCAUACUUUGUGGCAGUGCGAAAAAAACAAAAAACAUAACGUGUGACAAGUGCCACAAAUUGUGGCAGCAACGAUAACAAUUUCAACAGCCGAGGAAACUUUUUUCAAGGACCUUCAAAACUUGCCGUACUUGCCCGUGGGUGUACAACUGUAUAUGUGUGUAUCUGUGUGUGAGAGAGAGAGAGAGAGCGAGCGAGAGCGACUGUGACUGUGUGUGUAGCUGUCACUGUAGUUGUGUACCUGCCUCAAGUGCAAUUAUAAAUGGCGUAAUUUGGUGCGCGGCCGUGUGAUGAACAUUGAUUUGAGCGCAGCGCAGUUGAUAGCUGAAGUUGCAAGAUUCGCUUGGGUCUCCGUGGCACACAUCAAAACGGCGAACGUUCGGUAUUCAAGUAGCGCCAAACCGCAGCAGGAGAGACUCGCGGCAUCAGCGAGUGCCGCGGCAGCCGACGUGCAACAUGGAUGAAUGCGACAACCUCGUCGUCGUCACAUUAGCCGCACACGAGGAGCCAGCAGCCGAGCCAACAGCGCAGCAACAGCUCAAGAAUUUGCACAAAGAGCACUUUGACAUCGAUGACAACGCACUAGCAGCGACAGAGACAGAGGCAGAGCAGCAGCAGCAGAGAGAUAAUUCGAGCAGAGCCACAGCAGAGGAGGACGCAGCAGUUGACGCGGAAGUCGAGGCAGUCAUCAUGGGCCAAACGGAGAGCAAGAAGCACGGGGGCAAGGCUGGCCGGCGCCACAAUGGCAACGGCGUUGGCCAACUGGAGCUGGGCGAGCAGCCGCCAGUGCCGCACACCAAAGGCACCGCCAUGUCCUUUGGCUUUCGCAAGAAGCUCAAUGGUACGCCCAAAAAGUUCAAGAAACUGCUCGAGGGCAGCAGCGGCAACAGCGGCAACAGCGGCAACAGCGGGGGCGGGGAGACGCCACAGACAGACACAAAGGACGACAAUGGCAAUGCAGCGCCUGUUCACUUUGAGAAAGUGGGCGUGGCGGCCCAAAAGACAAACGCGUCCAAUCGCACAGGUGCGGCUGGCAAACGGUUUGGCUAUCGCGGCGCCGUGCCACGCCCCGCCUCUGCCAGCCUCACGGCGACAACAAACACAGCCAGCGGCAGCGAGGACACCGACGAGGCAACAGCGAAUGCCCAGAACAACAACUGCAACAACAGCAACAACAACAGCAAUGGCAACAACAACGGCAAUGGCAACAACAACGGCAACGUUCUCGUGAGCAAUCUGAAACGUCGCUCCAAGAGCGCACACGCGGGCCGCUCAAUCGAUGGGGAGCCGAAAAUAGCGCAGCCAAAGACGCUGACGUUCAAUCUGAACCAGAACACAACCAUCGAGUAUCAGCGCCGUCAGUUCUUUGGCGAGAUUCCGGAUGAGGCAACCGCCGCAGCGAACGCUCGGCCGCGCUACAACUACAACAAUCUGGCCAAUAUGCACGCCAAUGUGAUCGUUCGACCCACGCCGCGAGCUGUGCCGGCCAGCUUUGCCAAGUUCACCUUGCAGACGGUCAGCCUGCCGCGGCCGGAGUAUCCAGUGGCCAUUAGCCUGACCGCUACCACGCCCACCACGCCCAGCAGCAGCGUGCAGAGCCCGGUGCCGGCGCACUCGACCGGCGCCCGAGCCAAGGACGUGGCCAGCUCAGCCAGGCAGCAUCCGCUGACCUCCAUACACGCACAGCCCAGCAGCAGCCGGCAGCUGGACCAGAAGAGCGUCAAGCAGCUGACCAACAACUCGACCCGUCGCGGCUUCUCGGGCAGCCGCGAGAUCAGCGCCGACUCGGGCAUCGCCAGCAUGGACAUGGCCGUCGACUCGGGCAGCAGCUCCGGCGGCAGUGCGUCCAGCUCGAAGCGCAGCCGCAGCCGGCCACGCAACCUGCAGAUGGUGAUGAGUGGCCGGCACACCUUCGAGGUGCGCGACGUGGAUGAUCCGCCCUCGAGUGAGUCCAACUCCUUCGUGGAGACCCUGGCGCUGCCCAAGCUGCCCACGGACAACAGUCAGGCGACGCCGUUGCCGCUGGUCGGUCUCGUGCGCUCCAACACGGUGCUCAGCCGCGAGAGCUACGAGCGCAGGCAGGCCACAACGGAGCAGGGGGCCCAUGCGAGCCAAACGCCGGAGACACCGGCCAAGCCCCAGCCGAAGGCCAGUGGCUCCGAUGACAGCGAGAGCGUGGACGAGGAGAAGCUCUACCUCGACUCGUCCACCUCCGAGAAGAGUGCCAAACAGCAGAGCCACAGCCAAACGUCCUCCAUGUCCUGGCGCUGCCAGGCGGGCGAAUCUCUGGCCGCCAAAGACUGCAGCAGCAUGAGCAUCACCAGCAGCGACACCCAGGCGCCGCUCAAGUCCGAGGACAAGGAGGAGGACAUGUCCCUGGGCCUAGAUGACCUGAGUCUCAUCAACACAGAGAUGCAAUUCAGCACGCUGUCUUCACUGACGGAAACGGCACCCAAGCCCAGCUGCGCAGCUGGCGGGGAUCACUUGCUCAACAUGCACAUUGUGGACAAUCGCGAGGCGAUUGUGGUGCGGCUGCCCAGCGAGCGUCCACGCUCCUUUAACAAUGCGCUCAACGAGUCCAAGUUCGCGGAGCUGGCGCUGGCCAGCAGCAGCUGCUUGCUGCUGGAUGAUGAGACCUCGCCCACGGACAGCCUGGUCAGCAGCACCGAGGAGUCGGAGGAGGCGGGCGGCAAGCUCAAGAAGCACAAGCUCAAUGCCGAGCUGCAGCAGAAGGUCAACGAUGUGGACAUUGACGAUAUAUCGCCGGUGCUGGAGCUGGAGCUGGAUCCGGCCAGUCACAGUCCCGUCUCGCCAGGCACGCCCACGCACGCCUCCCACUCGCUGUCGCUGGGCUCCGAUUGCGGCAACCUGAUCGAUGACGAGAUCGCCGAUCAGCCAGCGCUGCUGUGCAACAGCGAGGCGCCGGAGCACGCCACCGACACGCCGACCCUCAUGGAGACCCACACAACCGGAUCGCUGCGCUCGCUCAAGAGCAUGUCGAAGGCGCGCACAGCUCUGCAGCAGGCCAUUGAGCUGAGUCUGCGCACUCCGGCGGCCGUGCGGCGGGCGGUGCUCAAGAGCGCCGAGUCCCUGGACACGCUGUCGCCCUGCGAGUCCAUUUGCUCGGAUGACUUGAUGAUGGACUUCGAUAUGAACAGCAGCGUCGAUUCCAUAGAUCGCACCGCCUCGGUGCGCAGCCGCAGCAGCCCCGACCUGCACAAGCUGAGCGCCGACCUGGAGGCCGACCAGGCCGAGACCGAGGCAGAGCUGCUCGCCCAGCUGGACUGCCAGGGCAGCGAUGUCAUGAAGGAGCUGAACUCUCUGCUGCGCGCCCGCAUGCAGCGCAGCGCGCCCACUCCCAGGGAGCGCAUCAGCGCCAAGCUGCCUGCACGUGCCACGCGCCUGCUGAACCGCUCCCGGCUGCAGGAUCAGCAGCUAGCCGGCAACGACUCGGACAACAGUUUGCGCUCCACGCACAGCGGCGCCUCCAGUCGCAAACGCAGCACCGCCGCCUCGCGCGCCUCCACCGCCUCGUCCACGUCCAGCUUGCAGCGACGCCAGCAACAGCAGCAGCAGCACCACCACCACCAGUUGGGUGGAAAUUCUGCCUCCGGCUCGAGACGCGCAGCAGGUGGCCUGGCGGGCAACGCGGAGCUGCAUAGCUCAUCGGACGAUCUGAUGUUGUAUGACAAAUCCUUCAGGAAUGCCAUGAUCCAGGAUGUGCUGCAGUUCAAGAAGCAGCUGCUGCGCCUACGUCGCAUACUUCAGGAGGAUGCUGAAUCUGACUGCAAGCGGACGGAGACGCUGAACCCAUUCGAGAAUGACAAUGUGCAACUGUUUGCCGCCUGUGGGCUGGAUAGCAAGCAGCUGAAUGACAUCGACCUGGCCAGCCUCACCUCGUCCACCACGGAGGACCCGCUGCAGGAGCUAUCGGAUCUACGUAGACAGGUGGUUUACCUUCAGGGUCAAGUGGAUGAUCGUGAUCGCACCAUACGCCUGCAGCGAGAUCUCAUCGAGCAGCUGGAGGCGGAGAAGCGACAGGCCACAGAGGGAGAUCAGGCCAACAAGGAACGCAUUAGCAUGGCCACCCAAACGGAGCGGACACGUCCACUUGCCAUUGGUGCGGAGGGUUUGUCCAGAAGUAAGCCUGAAUAUACGAGCUAUACCACGCACUUUCCGACGCUCCACUUGCAUUGCAACGACUCCACGCUGGCAGCCACCACGAUAAUUCGUCACCGGCCGCAGCCACAGCCACAGACACAGCAGCAGCAGGCACAAUCAUGCACCAAUCACAACAACAACAACAAUAGCAACAACAACAACAACAAUUGCCGUUCUCUUAGCCAGACACGACGUCACACGAUUAUUUCGACCACAUUGACCAACUACAAUCAGCAGCUGGCCGCCGCGGCCUAUCCACGUCGCGCCUCCAUCGGCUGGGAUGGAGCUGAGACAGUGGCGCCUGCAGUGGCGCAUAAGCCGGUGCGUAUAACACUGAUUGGUGAGCCCUUGCCGCAACAAAAUGGCGGCUGUCACAAGGCGGCGGCGACGACGACGACGACGACGCCGACGCCGCCAUCACAACAAAAUGGCGUCAAGGCGCAUUUUCUGAAUGGCUGCCAGAGCGGAGCGAACAGCGCGUUGCCGGGCGCCCAUUAUCAGCCGUUGUACAACAGCAACAAGAUGACAAACCCAACCGUAACUAUAGUCUGAUUUAGAUACCCUACACUGCAAGCGGCCCCAAGCAGCAGAUACUCUACCAAGCUAAAGGA